AUGCUCAGAGGCUCGGACUCACUAUCAAGCUCUACUAUGCUGAGCCUUGCUCUAUCAGUCGUUCUCUUCCCCACCCGUCCCACACCUGUCACCCAUUUAGGCGCUGUAAGGCGGCCGCACGGAAAGAGACAGAGGCGAGACAGAGCAAACCACUCUACUGCGUACGGAGUACAUUGGACGAGUUUCUGGGAGACUGGUAGACGUCCUGCUCCGGUGAGCUGUAACAUCGCUACGGAUACAGCCUACUGGGCUGGACUGGGCUGCAUCUGCGAGUGUGACUGUCAUGUCAUUGGGACUGCUGCUGCUGCUCUGCUACUACUCCAUCGUGUAUGUAGGUAUGUGUGA